UCCUUGUUUUCAUAAACAAUUAGAAUGGAUUCUGAGGAGAACCUGAAAGUUCUGGUUAAAGCUCUAUCACGCCUUCAGGAUGUUCAUAAUCUGGAUGAUCCAAUAAAUUUUAAGUUUCCCAGAAUAAUUGCUGUUGGAAAUCAAAGCUCUGGAAAAAGUUCUGUUCUUCAGAGUCUAAUCGGGAAAGAAAUUCUACCAAGGGGAGAUGAUAUAGUUACAAGAUGUCCUCAGUUUAUACGAGUCCAUCAAACAGAAGAUAAAGAAGAAAAUCAAGACUAUGUGGUUUUUCCUAAGGAGGAGCAGUAUGGUCACGAUGAAGUUACUGAAACAGACAUGAGCAAAGUGAUGGCGGAAAUAGAAAAGCGAACAUUAGCAAGGGUUAAUGGAACAAAGAAUGUUAGUCAAGAGGAGAUACAAGUUGAUUUCUACUCAUCCCGGUUUCCUGAUCUUCAGUUUGUAGACCUUCCUGGAUUUACAAAGACUGCUGUUGAAGGUCAAAACAAAGAUAUAGAACAACAGGUUUUAGAUCUUGUUCUCAAAUACAUGGAAAACGAAGAAAAUAUCAUACUUGCCAUACAGGAUAGCACACAGGAUAUUGCUAGCUCAGAAGCUCUAAAGUUUGCUGAAAAAUAUGAUCCCAAUGGCGAAAGAACAAUUGGGGUGUUAACCAAACUUGACCGUCUUGACCAUGGCACUGACACUACCAGGGUCAUUAAUUACUUGCUCAACAAGACAAAGCCUCUCAAGCUUGGAUAUUUUGGAGUAGUCAAUAGAUCUCAGAAACAGAUUGAUGAAGGUUUAGAGAUGAAGGUUACACUUGUAGCCGAAGAAAGAAUCAGAGACGGGACAGAUUAUAGAGUUGUAAAAAACAGGAUUGGAGUUGACUUUCUUCGAAAGUUCCUAACUCAUAUUUUAGCCCGUACUAUUAAAGAUAAGCUGCCUUAUAUAAAGAAUAAAAGCAAGGCAGCUCUUGAAAGUGUAUGUGCUCAGCUUGAAGAACUGGAUGACAACCAUCUUCAAGAUAAAAAUAAGAGAGAUGCAAUCAUAUGUCUUGCAGAGGAGGUUAUCACUGAUCUAGAAGAACAACUUGGAGGGUUUCAAACUGGAGUAAGUUGUGAAAAACUUUGUUUAGGUGCUGAACUAAACCAAAAGAUUAAGAGAGAAACCAUCACAAAGGCAGAAAGCUCUCGUCAGUUUUACUCCCACAAUGAUUUCCAUGAGAUGCUUUCUACUGCCCUUGCCAACAUGUAUGCAGUAAGGGAUCCUCUUAUGCCUGUUCAACUAGUACUGGACAAGGGAGUUGGCAUGCUUACUGAAGCUUACAGAAACAAUUUUGAGUGUCUUCUUAAAGAUGUUACUGAGCUGUUAAGUGAUGGCGUCGAGAGGGUUACUAAAUCUAAGCUGGAGCAGUAUCCUUACUUUUUCAACAUGGUUAAAUCAAUGCUACACGAGGAAAUAAAUAACAGCAAGGACAAAAUAAAACAUCACCUAGAUAUCAUGAUUGAUAUAAAUAGACGAGUGGUUAACACUGAACAUCCUUCCUUUGACGUCAUUGGUAGUCUUAAGAAGAAAAGAAUAAGGUAUCCAAACAAAAAUGAAAUCUGGUUCAAGGAACAAAUCAGCAUCGCAGAUGACUUCCAGCAGGUUGGAAGUGAUCUAGGAGAUGGGGAAGAUGGAGAGCAGAUUAGAAAUAUUGUUGAUACAGUGGGAGAUAUUGUGGAAAAUGUUGUACCUGGAGGUUCAAUGAUCAAAUCAGUUCUGAAACCAACCUUUCAUGGAUUUACAAAAGAUCUCCAAAAUCAGGACAAGAAAAAUAAGAUCAGCACAGCAAGAUAUCCCAGCAAGAUACCAGACGAAGCAAAUGUUCAUGUUGAUCUUUGCGUUCAGUACAUGAAGAUAUUAGACGAGAUCCUGGUGGACCAGGUUCCUAAGCUGUUUAUCACAAUGCUUGUUCACAGGACUCUGGACUACCUUCAUGGAUCUUCUUCCUUGGAUAAAUCUCUGCUUAGAGAGAUUACCCAGAAGCUGAGCUCAGAGCAGGAGGCCGAAAAGCUUUUGUUAAAGAGUAGGGAACACUCGGAUAGAAUUGCUAAGCUCAAGGGAUUGAAGACAUAUUAUGAGGAAACAAUCCGCGUAGUGGACGAUACUUACAACAAUCUUCUGGAAUUCUAAACAUCUUCCAGUACAUACUUUAAGUUUAAUCAAAAUAAUCAUAAAUUAUUCGUACUAGAAAAUAAAACAAAUAAAUCACAACUUGAA